AUGACUAUGUCUUCAAUGAAUGAAGAAUAUACCGUGGCGUGGAUCUGCGCUCUACCAGAAGGACUCGACGUCGUCCGCGCUCUUCUCGACAAAGUGCAUCCCCCGCACCACCAGCCGAGAGAAGAUAGAAACGCGUAUCUGCUAGGCACGAUCGGUCCACACAACGUCGUGGUGACGUGCUUACCAGUCGGUCAAGGGGGUAUCGCCUCUACAGCGACGGUGGCAGAGAGUCUGGCUCGAACGUUCCCUGCCGCCCGGCUGAGUCUGCUGGUCGGGAUCGGGGGAGGCGUCCCUGAUCCACGAGACAAGAGGAAAGACAUUCGUCUGGGCGAUGUCGUGGUCAGUGUGCCCGGCGAUGAAUUUGGAGCUGUUGUGCAGUACGAUUUUGGGAAAUAUCUCGUCGACAAUGACUCCAGCCGGUUUGUCCAUCGUGGCCAACUGGAUUCGCCGCCGACCAAGCUGCUCUCUCAUGUCAACAUGCUGAAUAGUCUUAUUCGAGGCCGGUGGUCGCGGGGAGCCGGUGUGAAGGAGAACGAACUGCAGAGAGAGCUGGAAUCCCUCGGCGAGCAAUAUGCAUAUCCGUCGAACUUCCCGGAUAGGCUGUUCUGUUCCCAGUAUCCUCGUACUCACGACUAUCUAUCUUGUGGCUGUGAUACAGGAGAAUACAAGCGUCCAGAACGAGCUAGUUUUCUCCCUGUUAUUCACGAGGGAACAAUUGCCUCCGGAGACGCCAAGAUGGCAGAUGGCACGACAAGAGACCGCGUCAACCAGGAGUAUAGGAACGCCAUCUUCUGCUUCGACACGGAGGCUGCCGGUCUGAUGAAUAGUCUUCCCUGUCUGGUGGUUCGUGGGAUUAGCAAUUAUGCUGAUGCACAUGGCAACGACGGCUGGCGACUGCGUGCCAUUGCCACAGCCUCCAGCUACGCCAAGGCGUUGAUUCUGCAGAUUCCUGCAGAAAGUCAGACAGAGCUGUCUCGGAAUCGCUUUCUGCAAUGGCUGUCUCCGAUCGACCACGCCAAACAACAGCGCGACUAUAUCGAAAUGCAUCAUAGAGGGACAGGCGCCUGGCUUUUGCAGUCUCUAGAGUUUACUUGCUGGUGUGAAAACGGGGAACAGAUCCUCUUCUGUCCUGGUAUCCCUGGAGCAGGCAAAUCCGUCCUCUUCUCGACUAUUGUCCGGCAUCUGCAGCGAGAGUUCAUCGAACAGGACCACGCCGUCGGACUGGCGUAUUUCUAUCUCAGUCACCAAUCUGAUCAGUUGCGCAGCGCAAGAGAACUUCUUGCAUCCCUGCUCAUGCAACUUCUUCUCACGAACCCGGGUUCCAUCCACCGUUGUGAAGCCUUGCAACGGCAACAUCGCGAGAGACAAUACCCUUCGCUGGACGACAUCCUCGAUGCCCUAAACGAGGUCAUUCCGGGUCAUUCCCGGGUGUUUUUUCUCAUUGACGCUCUGGACCAGUAUCACGACUCCCAUCGGGAGAAUUGCCUCGACCUCCUCCACGCCAUCAUAGAAAUCAACCAGCAACACGAAAACUUGUCUAUCCUAGUCACCUCUCGGCCGCGGCAGAGCAUCGAAGACCACCUUGGAUUCAACUGUUUGAAACUAGAGAUAUCGGCAAGCGACACUGAUAUACGGAAAUACCUGGGGGAUAAAUUGGCGGUUCGACCUAGGUGCCUACGAGGAAAUGUCCUUCAGGAGGAGGUCAUCAAUAGGAUCGCAGCCAUCGCAAAUGGAAUGUUUCUUCUUGCAAAGCUUUACAUACAGCCUCUUCACGCCGCGCUGUCCCCGAAUGCGAUCCGAGAGAUUCUAAAACAGCUGCCGGCUGGGUACGACCAGACCUAUACAGCAGCGAUGGAAAGAAUAAAGGCACAGUCUUCCUGGCCUACUGCGCGGCAGGUACUAGCCUGGAUCGUCUAUUCCAAGAGGCCCUUGACGCCGUUAGAAGUGCAGUACGCCCUCGCCGAGCCCUACUUCGAGUCCGACAGUCUCCCAGACAUUGCCGACUUGAUAGAUACGUGUCAUGGGCUGGUCGCUAUUUAUCGGGAAGAUGAAAACGAAGUGGUUGGCUUCGUCCAUGCAUCUGCUAGGGAAUAUCUUGACACACGCCGGGACCUGUUCGACUACGCACACGAAAUGAUCGCCAUAACAUGUAUGAAUUAUUUAUCGACAGCAACAGAGCCAUCUGUUCUCUAUGAUUACGCCUCGUCGCACUGGGGCGAGCAUGCCCAGCUGGCCAUGCGAACCGACGGAACAGGCGAUCUUGCAGUCGUGAUGAAUGAUUUCCUCACGAGUAGUGUCAGGAGUAUUCCAGACCAUCUCUUAUAG